AUAAAAGAAUAUGGGAGCGAAGGCUGCCAAACUUAAGGAUAGGGAUGUGCCAGCACACAACCCUUUAAUAACUCCUGAACGGUAUCCCAAGAUAGACUUCAGGAUGCAUUAUUUCAAAGAUAGAGAAGAAAGUAAGGAAACUCAAAUUAGACAAGAGAGCCACUUCACCAUCAUUAAUAAGAACGGAGUUGUGGACGAUGGAAAAACCUUAGUCGGCCUCCGGAAGAGAAACCAUAUGGGCAAGAUUUAUUUCAUCAGGCGCUUACCAAAGAAAUACGGAGGAAAAGUGGAAGAGGAUUCACAAGACUUCUCUGAACGUAGCUCAGUCAAAGAUGAAAAGAGUCACAGUGAACAAAACUUUGAUGAACAGUCUCACCAAAUGCUCGAAAGUCAGUACGUUGGCGAAGAUGAGAGAAUGAUCGACAACAAUCUCCGCAGCGAAGAAAGCAUCGAUAGCGACUUCAAUAAUCUGAACAAUACAAAUGAAGAUGAUGGAAAAAUUAUGCUGAGUGAUAGGAAAUUAGAAGAAAAACCUAUCAAUAAAAGGAUACAAUUUAAAGAGCCAGUCGAGGAAGAUAGCGAAGAAGACAUCGAAACUCCUCAAAAAGAGCAUGACCAUCAGAAGGAAUUUAAUGAUUCAGAUGAUAUUCAUGAAGAGUUCAGGAAGCAGCACGAACAUCCUAUUGAAGAGAAUAAAGAAGACUUUGAUAAUUCUUCAAGCGAGGAAGAGGUUAAUGAGAUACCUGCCAUUGCAAAUCCUCCCUCAAAAGAGCCAGAUAUGUUUGAUAUGGCACCAAUUGCUAGAGAUGAGUCAGAGAGUUCUGAAGGCAAUGAAAUUGAAGCUGUAGCUGAUGAACCUGUCAAGAAGCAAGAGCCACCAAGGAAAACUAUUGAAGAGAUGGAGUCCUCUUCAAGUGACGGAAAUGAAAUUGAAGCAGUUGCUAACUCCCCAGUACCGUCUGAUAAAGAGGAGGAAUUUGUUCCUCCAAUGAAGAAGAAAAAGAGUAAAAAGAAGAAGAGAAUUAGACCAAAUGAAUUCGAUAGCGAUGAUGAUUAA